AAACACAAGGCUGUUGGUUUGAAGUUCAGACCGGAAGUUGCCUCCUCGCUCACUGCUUGGGUUUUGCCCCGCGGUGGCGCCGCGUCCCUUGGCGGAGGGAUGAGGGAGCAACAGCAGCGUGGACUGGGUCGAGGACGAGGACGACGAGGAGGUGGAGUCUGUCCCAGCCCGCAUCUGGGCCGCUCCCCUCCGACACCAAAGGCCAAAGCCGCCCUGACCGUCUCACUCACACACACGAGUAGGACACGGAAUGGACACGGAAGGGAGCCAGAGCAGCCUGUCCGCCACAGACUCCCCCCACGACCCCUGCAAAAUGUUCAUUGGUGGACUCAGCUGGCAAACAACACAAGAGGGUCUGAAGGAGUACUUCUGCAAGUAUGGCGAGGUGAAGGAGUGUAUGGUGAUGCGAGAUCCAGUUACGAAGCGGUCGAGAGGCUUCGGAUUUGUCACCUUCGUGGAUCAGGCUGGUGUGGAUAAAGUUUUGGCCCAAACCAGGCAUGAGUUGGACUCUAAAACAAUUGAUCCUAAGGUCGCAUUCCCUCGGAGGGCUCAGCCUAAGUUAGUGACUCGCACCAAGAAGAUCUUUGUGGGAGGCCUGUCCGUAAACACCACCAUUGAAGAUGUCAAGCAAUACUUUGACCAAUUUGGGAAGGUCGAUGAUGCCAUGCUCAUGUUCGACAAGACCACCAACAGACACAGAGGCUUUGGCUUUGUGACGUUUGAGAACGAGGAUGUGGUGGAGAAAGUUUGUGAGAUUCAUUUCCACGAGAUCAACAACAAAAUGGUGGAGUGCAAGAAAGCGCAACCCAAGGAGGUGAUGUCCCCUACCGGGUCAGCCAGGGGACGCUCUCGGGUGAUGCCUUAUGGAAUGGACGCCUUCAUGCUGGGGAUUGGUAUGCUGGGUUAUCCGAGCUUCCAGACUGCCACCUACACCAGUCGAAGCUACGCAGGCAUCACCCCCGGAUAUACCUACCAGUUCCCAGAGUUCCACUUAGAGAGGACUCCACUUCUGACUUCACCCCACCCCCCUGAACUCACAGCCAUUCCCCUCACAGCAUAUGGCCCAAUGGCAGCAGCGGCGGCAGCAGCAGCUGUAGUCAGAGGUUCUACCCCAUCUCGCACAGCUGGAUUUUUGGGAACCAGCAGCCCGGGCCCGAUGGCGGACCUUUACGGGACAGCUGGUCAGGAGUCGGCGGUCAGCAGUUAUCUCAGUGCUGCAAGUCCUGCUCCGACCGCUGGAUUCAGCCAUGGUCUUGGGGGCCCUUUGAUCGCUACGGCCUUCACUAACGGAUAUCACUAAAAAUGGGAGUUGUUACACACACCCAAGAGUUGUUGACGGACAUGAGCUAGAGGGAGUUGACGCCGCUUUGGAGCUGAUCUGGCCUGGCUCUGUCCAUGUCGCUUCUCGUGGCAGAGGCAGCUGAAUCCUCAUCUCUCAUGCUCACUCACUCACUCACAAACGCGCACACACACACACCGCAAACUUCAACCUCGACCCAGUCAACCUUCAGCAAAAUCUUUCUUUGAACAUUUUCGAAAGCCAGCAGACAGAGCCCACCAUAGCAAACACAUAUCAUAGAUGCUGUAUUUUUAGCGUGACUUUUUCAGGGCUGUUUUACUUUGCCAUUUUGAGCAAUGUCUCCAAUUUGUCUUAACGGUCGUUUGACCUCUGAACCUGAAUUGUCACAAUCUGUACUACAGAAAUUGUAAUGAGUUCAAAAUGAGUAGUGACUACUAAUUUGUGAUCAAAUCUAUUUCUUGAAAAUGUGUAACAAAGUAUAUAUCUCGGUAGGUUUUAACAAAAUUUGUUACACAUAAAGCAAAGAAACAGGUCGUUGGUCACAGUUACAUGAACGGCCCACUUGAGCUGUACAAUGUUGUAAAAUACUGUAAAUAUGACUUUUUGUUUUGGGGACUCAAAGGGUGGGUGGGGGGCAGCUACUUUUAAGGUUUGGGAAGGAUUUUGGGGGAAGUGUCAACUUUGGUUCUUCUUGUCAAUUCUUGGAUGUUGGCAACAUUGACAGUUACAUAGGUUCAUAAACAUCUUGGUAUGUGUCUGUCAGUGUUAGAACAGCCAUAGACCAUAUUUGCUUAGAUAUUUCUUUUUCUGUCACUUGAGUCUGUUAUUUCAUUGAAAAGCUGCUGUGAGUUCCGCAGAGGGAGGUUGUCCUUUUGUUUGUUUUUUUUUGUUUUGUUUUUUUUGGAGGAGAUGGGGACACAUGCACGUAACUAUGCUCCUUACCUGGGAGAGGAAAAACAUAGUUUUUGUAUUUUGUCAUAUUGUUUAACUGUGAGUUUUAAGAUGUGAAUAUUUUUUUGUGGAAGAACAUGAAGGACUAAUGUGUUGGGCAGCAGUGCACACACACAUAAACAAACAAACAAAAAACAACACACUGUUCAUACAUGCUGAUGGCCCCUUUCUGUGCCGGUUGUGUGUUCAAUGCAGUUUCCUAAACAUUGGCCUCCCCUGUACAAUUUGCACCCUAUGCUGUUUUUGGUGGGGCGUUGGGGGGGACACCUCUUUUGCAAAUGUGACAUUUUAAUCCGACUUUUUAAUGAUACAUCAACAUGGUUUUCUUCUUUUUGAAAGGUGUCUUUUCCUAGUCACCUUUCCAUCCCUUGCACGUACCGACUGGAGGUCACACAGCUCCGGCAAAUUGACGGCUAUUUUUAGACCAAAACAGUUGUGAAGGAUCUUGGCCAAUGUAAAAGGGCAGGAGAACAAAGCACUCCAUAUCUAAAAAAGCUUUUCAUAUUUUCAUCUACGCUCACUCAAACUGCUGCAGGUGACCAUAGUAGUUUUGAUGCUGUCUUCGGUGAAAAAAACAAACUUGUCAACACUGUAACUUUUUCAGAAUGUCA